CGCCCGGCCGCUGCUCCUGCAGGUUGACAGCUUAUUGAAAUGAAAGGAGCUUUCCUGCGUGCAAAGGUUCACACCUCCGGUCCCCACCUCCAGUCCCCAAAGACGGAAAAGGGCAAAGGCAGGCAUGCUGCCGUGUUUUCUGCUGUAGACACAGGAAGUGUCAUACCUGUCCGUGUAACGUUACCUGCUGUGUACCUGCACCUCUCUGCUCCACCUGCACGUCGGUACACACAAACAGGCGGACUGUCCCUGAGAAAUGAGAUGAGGUUAUAUCCCUACAAAUUUGGAUUUCUGCUGGUUUUCGCGGGUAUUACUUCUGUUGCUUGGAUUAAAUCGAGUCCCGGUGAUGGAGGUCCAACAAUCCUGCCAAACCUGCAGACCCUGUACGAGCGCCUGUUGGUGGCUGAGCAGUUGGGGGGUCAGGUCAGCCGGGAUCUCAGCAGCAUCCUGGAUCACCUGAAGAACAUGUCCAGAGCUGCCAACAGCAGCCACACCACCAGCAACACCACCAGCAGCAACAUUUCCACAGAAACAACAAGGGAGCAGACGUUCCUCCAGCCCAACAUUUACGUCUACAUGCCCCACCUCAAACAUCAUCCAGACAGCCUCGUCCCCAACGUCCUGCUGGGACAGGGACGCACUGGAGUCUCCAUAGUGAUGGGUAUUCCUACAGUGAAGCGUGAGAAGCAGAGCUACCUGGUCAGCACCCUCAGCUCUCUGCUCUACAGCCUGACGCCCUCACAGCAGCAAGAUCUGCUCAUCAUUGUCUUUGUUGCUGAGACGGAGCCGGAGUAUGUGAGCAGCGUGGCCGACAUCAUCAGGAAGAAUUUUCCGAAGGAGGUGCAGUCGGGGCUGCUGGAGGUCAUCUCUCCUUCUCAGUAUUACUACCCCGACUUCAGCAGCCUCAGAGAGACCUUCGGAGACUCCAAGGACCGAGUCAAGUGGCGAACGAAGCAGAAUCUGGACUUCAGCUUCCUCAUGCUCUACGCUCAAGCCAAAGGAACGUUUUAUGUUCAGUUAGAGGAUGAUGUCGAGGCGAAGGCGAGCUACUUCGAGGACAUGAAGAACUACGCCAUCCAGGAAGACCCCAAACCAUGGUUGUUCCUGGAGUUCUCCCAGCUCGGGUUCAUAGGUAAGAUGUUCCGUACCCGGGACCUCCCGAUGAUCUCUGAGUUCUUCCUGAUGUUCCACAGAGACAAACCCAUCGACUGGCUGCUGGAUCACAUCCUGUGGGUCAAAGUCUGCAACCCGGAGAAAGACGCAAAGGACUGUAACGUCCAGAAGGCUUUACUGAAGCAGCGCUACAAGCCGUCUCUCUUCCAGCACGUCGGCCUCCACUCGUCUCUGUCCGGGAAGCUCCAACACCUGAAGGAUAAAGACUUUGGGAAGCAGACUCUGUUCCAGGCUCACAAAAACCCCGCUGCAGAGCUGAGCAGCAGCCUGAAACAUUACCAGCAGCACAGCCUGAUAAGGGCGUAUAAAGGAGAGGACUUCUUCUGGGCGUUAACGCCUCUCCAGAACGAUUAUAUCCUCUUCAAAUUCCCCCAGCCAAUCCACAUCUCCAGGUACCGAUUUCACAGCGGGAACAUCGAGACCAGCGCCGAUAAAUUCAGCAACACCACAGUAGAAGUGCUGCCCAGCAAUGUUACAGCACCAGACACACGAGUGACCGGUUCGUCUUCUCCAGACAAACAGUCUAAUAAUGGCUUCGUCGUUAUUGGGUCCUUUGAGAACGGGGUAGCUGAGGGGGUGAUUGAAGACGCCCUGCAGCCGGUCUCUGCUCUCCGCCUGGUGGUCCACUCUGAUUCUGACGUCUGGGCUCUACUGAGCGAGAUUGACAUUAAAGUUUGAAGAUCACAGAACAGAGGAAGCUGCUGCUGGAUGAAGACACGGCGCCCCCUGCUGGAUGAACUCGUUCCCUCCACAGACUUUUAUUUACGAGGACUACAUGAAGUGCCUAAACCGACAGCGAAUGUGAGUAAACUGGAGAGUACUGGUCCCGUCAGCUCAGACUGGGCUGAUCAACAUGUUGACAUGUGGACAUGACGACACACUGCUGGCCCAGAGAAGCUGCUACAGACACUCCAAGAGUUACUCAAUGAGUAAUUUAUUAUUCUAUUACAUUGUUAUUAUUUGCAAUAUUUUUGUUGUAACAAAUAAAG